ACUCUCCGUGCCAUCCGAAUGACCGAAGCGCCGGCCGGCGAAGUUGUUGCACGUGAUCCAGGCUCACGGCGCGAAGGCCUGAGGACCUAGUGCUAGGAGCCCCACUCCGAGUCCGGCAGGCAGCCCUCUCCCCACCGGCCCCGUGGCGUCCCGGCGACGGCGUGGAAUGUACUCCAGGGAAGGCGCUCGCUCGCUAUCUAGACGCGGCUUUGUGGCUGGCGGCGGAUUGUUGCUUCCGAGGGAGAGCAAGAGACAUUGUCGCAGCAGGGCGACAGGUCGUGAGAGGCUCAGGACGAAACAGGCGAGGCGGGCCAGAGAUGCCAGCUGGAAACCCAAUCGCAGCCGAGGGGAGCUUUCUCCCUGCAGUUCAUUGGUGGAGCGCGCUGUCCUUUUACGCGGAGGCAGGCUGAAGCUCGGCGCGGGAGGAUGAAAGGACCUGGGCGGCUUCUCUCCGCAACGCCCCUUCUCCUACGUGAGCUUGUGGGUAAGCCGGCGGGCGCGUCACAGGUUGUUUUGCUGCUGGCUGAGGCGAGCGGAGGGAGCGCGAGAAGUUGCCUGCUGCUGCUGCAUCUCUGCUGCAUCUCUGGACGGACUGAGCGGCUGGCCAGAGCGAGCGACCUGCGUGCGGUGUGUGCACAAGCGCUGCUCGGAAUAGCCGCCCCGCAGAAGGAGAGGGGAUGGCGAGUCCCCCCGCGGCGGAGCCUCCCGACCGCCCGCGGGGCAGCCUCAACCGCAACAACAACAACAACAACCAGCCGCCGCCGCCGCUGGGCGUGCGCAAGUGCGGCUACCUGCGCAAGCACAAGCACGGCCACAGGCGCUUCUUCGUGCUCUGUGCCGCCAGCGACGGAGCCGCCGCGGACGAAGCGCCGCCUCAGCCCGCCCGGCUGGAGUACUACGAGAGCGAGAAGAAGUGGCGGAGCAAGGCGGCGGCGCCCAGGCGCUCCAUCGCGCUCGACUCUUCCCUCACCAUCCACAAGCGGGCCGACGCCAAGCACAAGCACCUGGUGGCUCUGUACACGCGCGACGAGUAUUUCGCGCUGGCAGCCGAGAGCGAGCCGGAGCAGGAGGCCUGGUACGCGGCGCUGACGGAGCUGCUCCGCCGGAGCCAGCCCGCCGCCGGGCCCGGCUCCCCUGGGCGCGAGGAGCCGCCGCCGCCGCCCGGGGCCUGGGCUUACCGCGAGGUGUGGCAGGUGACGCUGAAGGGCCGGGGCCUCGGGCAGAGCCGCCACCUGGCCGGCGUGCACCGGCUGUGCCUAGCGGCGCGCGCGGUGGGGCUGGUGCGCCUCAACUGCCAGCGGCCCUGCGUGACGCUGCAGCUCAUGACCAUCCGCCGCUGCGGCCACUCGGACAGCUGCUUCUUCCUGGAGCUCGGCCGCUCGGCCUCGACUGGGCCCGGCGAGCUGUGGAUGCAGGCCGACGACGCGGUGGUGGCGCAGAACAUCCACGAGACCAUCCUGGAGGCCAUGAAGGCGCUGCGGGAGCUGGCCGAGUUCCGCCCGCGCAGCAAGAGCCAGUCGUCGUCGUCGUCGUCGUCGUCGUCGUCGUCCAAUUCGUCGCCGUCGGGCGCCGGCGCCAGCGGAGCAUUGACGGCUAUGUGCAGCCGACCCAUUUCGGUUCCCGGCCGCCGCCGCCGCCGCCCUCACCAGCCGCCCUCUCGGACGGCGCUGUCCCCCAGCCAGGCCGGGCUUCUCCGCCGGUCGCGUACGGACACUCUGGGGGCGGGCAGAAGCAGCGGGAACCGGAGCCGAACUGCGAGCGAGGGCGACGGGGGCAGAGCUGGCAGCCCCUCGGGGCCCGAGGCUGGAGAGCCCCUGCUCGGCCGCUCGCACACGCCUGGGGCAGCCUGCUGCAGGCUUGCUCGCUCCCUGGCCUUGGUGCACUCGCCCUCCUUGGUUACAAAGCCAGGCAUGUUCUCCCAGCGGCGCCCUUCCAGCAGCAGCAGCAGCACCUCUGGCUCCCCUUGCGAUCCUGCUAGCUUCCUGGCCUUUGAGGAGUUGGGUCCAGCUAGUAACCACAGCAACACACCUGAGACUCCUCCUGGCCUGCAGCUGGAUGGCUACAUUGCCAUGGAGCGGGGACACCUUUUUUAUUGGCCCUACAUAUGGGAGAGCGCUGGAGGGGGCAAGGUUCCCAGGAAGCGCACUUACUCCCUGACAACACCAGCAUCUCGACACCCCAUGCCAACUCUUCUCUCCUCUGCCUCCCUGGGUGAGUACAUACUCAUGCGGGCUACCUUACCAACAGCAGGGGCCUCUUCAAGGGGAACCUAUACUCCUUAUCCUGAGGACUACUGUGAUGUGGACAUUGGCUCUGGCGGCACCAGCAGCAGUAGCAGCAGCUCACUUCUAGGUCAUAGUGGUAGUGGGGAGGAGGGCUACAUGCCCAUGAGGUCUGGGGCAGCAGCUGUUAUGCCAUUGCAAGGUGGUCCUGGUGGUUAUAUGUCUAUGAAAAGUGUGUCAGCCCCACAGCAAAUUUUGCAUCCUCACUCCCACAAGUUCAGCAGUGAUAACUCCCUAGAUGACAGUGACUACAUGCGCAUGUUGGGUACUAGGUGGUCUGGGGAGAGUCCUGAUGGGAGAAUUACCAGUGGUGACUACACUGAAAUGUCCCCUUUGCUGUUGCCUCCUGUGCAUGGAUCUGCCUCACCUGUGCCCUCUCCUGAUGGCUUUGCAGGCCAGGGGCCAAGGGACCAGACCAGCAACUUCUAUAACCCACUGUCUCAUGCCUGCCAGAGACAGCCAAACUCUCUGGGUGAGAAAAAGAACAGUGACCAGUACGUAUUUAUGAACUCACCUGUUGAGAGAUUAACUCUCACACCCAAAGGGGAGUCCUUCCUUGCUAUCUGCAACCACACAAUGAUGCCUUCACCCAUUUACUACAGCCAAACUGAGUGCUCUCUUACUCCCUACAUGAAUGAGCAACCCCCUACAAAUGAACCACAAAGUCCCCAUAAAGAGUAUGUCAACAUUGGAUAUUCAUUGGCCUAUGGCAGCUCAGCUUCCUCACUUGGCUCUGGGUUGAAUGAUUCCCUCAUCCCCAGCUAUAUGAACUUUGAUGGGUCACAAUCAGCAGCUGUGGAAACCUUGGAAGAUGUGCUGAUGCCAGGAUCCUGCCCUAGCCCUGGGCAGCCCGACAAACAUUACUUAAAGGUUGAAAUGAAGACAACUUUUACAACAGCCACCCCAACCCAGCCCAUUUUACAGAAGCCAGAAAAUAUUCAUGAAAGCAGCCCUGUUACUGAAUUGAAGCAACUUACACUCUCUGAGGUGCAGGCCUUCAUCUUUGCCAGUCCUCCUCCUGAUCCUAAUCAUGGAGCCAAAGUGAUCCGUGCUAAUCCUCAGGGACGAUGGAGACACAACUCAGAGACUUUUUCCUCUACUACUACAGUGACGCCUGUUUCUCCUUCCUUUGCACACAGUCCCAAGCGACACAAUUCUGCCUCUGUGGAAAAUGUGUCCCUCAGGAAAAAUGGCUUGUUGGAAGAGCAGACCAGCAGCACCAUGUGCCGGGAGACCUCAGCUGGCUUCCAGAAUGGCCUCAACCACAUUGCUGUUGAUGUCUUGGAAGAAGACUAUCUGGCAAGUGGUGGCCAAGGCAAGCACAAAGGCAGACACCCCUGUAAUGAAAGUAUCAAUGGUACUUAUACCAGUAUAGACUUCUUGACCCACAAUUUGAAAGAAGCUUCUUCAGUGAAAGGAGAUUGGACUAGAUGCCUCAUUCACCUUGAAGACGAGGAUGAGGUGGCCAAGGCCGCAAGGAGGGCUCUUUCCCAUCUAGCCCCACAAGUCAGGUGGUGGGCACAUCCCAACAAAUUUAGCCUCCACUUUGCUCUCCACCAGGCUGCCAAGCAUCUGGUAAGGUCCCUCUGCUUCGUUGGCAGCUUUGCCCAGGGAUGUCUUUGUGGGUGGCAGGCUCUUCUGCCACGCUCUCAAGCCUCUCUGAUGCCACUUCUCCUUUUGUCUUUGCCGGCAGAGCAAGACCUUCAGCAAGGUCCUUCAGAGUGCUGCCUUGACAUGUACGAAGCCGUCUGCCAACAGGCUGCCAGCAGUCUCCAGGGUGGCAGCUCUGCUUCUGGGUAUGUCUGCUUCUGGGUAUUCCCUGGUAGGGAUGGACAGAAACAUCUUGGUAAUAAUGGCAGUGCCCAGGCCACCUGCUAGGAAGGGCUCCAUCUGCGCCCAAAUCUUGCUUUGAGUGCUCCGCAAGGGUGGAGUCCUCUAGACGCAUCAGAGCAUACCUGUCCUCCUGCCGAGCUGCCUCUGUCUCCGCUUGCUUUGCACCCCUUUUCUUUCAUUUUUUACAAACAAUUUUUAUUAAAUUUUCCAAUUACAAACCAAUUAUAUGGACUUCCUGUUCCGUCCGCCGACCGGGAAGGAGCGUGGGGCGAGCUCUUCGGAGAAACCCCAAACUUUGUUAAGGAAAAAAAAGGUGUUGCUAGGACUAAGCAAACCUCGUAACUCAGGGAUAAAAUCCCUGGGGUCCAAGGAUCUGUCAGCGCUCAAACGACUCUCCGGCUCGGAGACCAGGCUCGGGAAGAGAGACUGGAGGGAGCGGGAUUGAAGUCGAGAACGCCAAGAUCCACUCUGCUUUUCAAAGCACAGCCUCUGAGCUUCUACGGAAGAGUGGACAAGCAUCCCAAAACCGAAAGCCACCCGGGGUCGUAGGAAUAAAGAAGGAAACAAUAAACAGAUAAAAGAGAAGUCAACGAACGCCGGGACGGAAUUAAAGGUACGACCUUAAGGGAACCUACCAGAAACCGCCAGGCAAAAUGGCGCAGGACGCGGAGUUAUGUGAGUGAAUGUGAAUGUGUGAGACUAAUCUGCUGAUAAAUUUCACCAGCGGCAACAGCGGCUGGAGUGUAAAAUACGCUUCGUUGGUGAAGAGAGGGGGGAUUUAAAGUCUAGCAUACUCAACUGAGAAGCUAGCAACAGGUACAGACUCUUUGAAAUUUAUCAAUAUAACCAGAGCUCACUUAACUGGGCUUUUUAUAAUUGGGAGACUGCUACUGUUACUGGUGCGGGGAGAGAAACUAUUGUAACUAAGAGACGACAUCAAUCACGAGGUAUCCAUUUAAGACUGCCAAGGGAAGUGAAAGUAACUGCCAAGAGGACAUUGACUUGGGACUGUUGCAAAGAAGAUAAGCUUUAGUAGCAACUUAACAACAUAAGAACGCUACUGGGAGAGGGACAGGAGCGGAUCCGCAGCUUGAAACCCCUGACUUGAGACUGUAACAAGGGAGACAAGAUACAGUAACAACUUAAAACUGCUACUAGGGACCAUAUAAGACCGGAUCUGCUGCUUUAAACUAUCAACCAGAAUCCACUGCAGGGGAACUGUUGCGGUAGGAGCAGAACUGUUGCUUCUAACUUUUGACUGCAGACUGCCUCAAGAGGAGAAGAUACAACAACAACCUAAGAUUGUCAUUGGGGGAAGUUAAGAGAAGUAUAACAAUAGAACUGCUGCCCAGAACUGCUGGUUGAUGAAGUCAAGGGGAAGAGAAAUAGACAAUUUUGGAGAAGAAUUUUGACCAGAUAUUUUGUUAAAUAGCUUUACCAUCUUGGGGGGAAUUAUACCAGUGUUUUGUACAUGAGGCCAACCAGUGGCAGAAGAAGGGUAUUACAUAUAUACAGUGGUACCUGUCAUGGUCCGGUUGGCGGGCGUCAGGACCAGAGGCAAGAUGGUGGUGAAGAAGCAGGGUCGAGGAGCAAGGCAGAGGCGAAGGUCCACGGGGCACGAAGCAAGGCGAAGGCGAAGCAAGGGUCCAAGGAGCAAGGAGCAAGGCGGAGGAUCCAGGAACAAGAAGCAAGGCGGCAGCAAGGCAAGGGUCCAAGGAGCAGGAGGCCAGAUGCAACCAGGCACAGAUAGCGUUGCUGUGGCAAAGAGCUGAAGGGAAAUGCUGGGCUUUUAUCCCUCCCAGCUCCUGCCACCAGGUGCAGUGAGAUCUCAAGUGGCCUCACCUGGGUGACUACUCCUUGCCUCUCCAACACAAGCUGAGGACUUCACCUGUGUGGCCGCGCCUUGCUUCUCCAGCACAAGCUGAGGCAUGCCCCAGUUCUGCAAAGCACUACAGGCCCCAGAGCCUGACUCCUGCCCAUACUCCUGACAGUACCUCUACUUACGAAUUUAAUGUGUUCCGAACACACAUUUGUAAGUCGAAAAAAAUUGUAAGUCGAAUCCCAUUGGGAGAAAAAAUUCGUAAGUAGAAGCAACCCUAUCUAAAAAUUCGUAAGUAGAAAAAAAUCCUAUCUAAACCGCAUCCAAGAUGGCGGACGGAGCUCCAUUUGUAAGUAGAAAAAUUGGUAAGUAGAGUUAUUUGUAAGUAGAGGUACCACUGUAUAUAUAUUUUACCAGGCAGGAUAUUCCAACAAACAGAGUCCCAAAUAGAGCCAAAACUUAAAAAUGACACACAAUAAAGGUUCAAAGGUGGUAGGAUUGAGCGAAAGAAGAGCUUCAAGAUCUGAGGCAGAAGGGGAAGGUGUAUCCUUCCAGUAGAGACCAACUUAGUUUUUCAUAGGUAUGAGCACACUUCCUCAGAUAAACCUUGUUGUUGUUUGUUGUUGUUGUUUAGUCCGACUCUUCGUGACCCCAGUGCACACCAGGCACUCGGCAUAGCUCAUAGCUUCUCUGAGUUAUUCAAGCCCCUUCGCCACACAAGGCAGUUAUCCAUGAAAAUCACUAAAUUAAAAAUCCCCAAAUGCUAUAACCAAAUGCUAUCACAGGGGAGUUACGAAGGCAUACAAAGCUUCAGCAGGAGCUCCAUACUUAUCGUUUCCUGCUUUGCCCAGGGCAGCUCCCACCCUUUGCUUAAUGGUACAGCUGACAGUUAAGGAACCAUAACACUCUUUGUUGUUAUUCCUCAGUGGAUCAGCAAACAAAUGAGGGAAAUGUGUAAAGAAAGCAAUGCAUUAUUUUUUAAAGAUAGCUCUUCUUUUAAAAAAAAAACCCAAAAUGUUCAUUUUAAGAUGAUUGCUUCCCACCUGUUAUCCAAGGAAAUCAGGGCAGUGCCAGUGAACAUGGUUUUUCUCCCUGCCUCUUUUAUCCUCACAACAAUUCUGUAAGGUAGGUUAGGCUAAGAUAUAGUGACUGCUCCCAGCUAAUCCAGUGAGCUUCGUAGCUGAAGGGCAAUUUUCCUAGUUCAGCAUGCUAAAUACUACACAAAGGGUGCUCCCCUGCAGACCAUUUUGACAGCUGGCAGGGCCACAUACCUGUCAAUCAACUGACUCCAGGCUUUCAUUUAUUCUUUUUCAGACAAGCUUGAACUCAAUGAGGGGAAACCUGGAACACAGGUUUGCUCUCAGCAACAAUCAGCAAACCCCUGAUUUUGGCAGGGAUCAGCUGCACUCGGGAUUUUUCAGUUGGAAGCUCCCUAGUGCAGUUGAUACCAGAAGGAAUUAUUGUUAGCGCUGAUCAGCAGAACCAGAGGUCAGAUGCUCAUCCAGAACCAACAGAGGUGUCCCACCAAUAAGACUGUCCUACUUCACAGGGUCGGCGUUUCCACAGGAACCUUCCACAUGGGAAGAGAUAAAGAGAUGCCAGCUCCACAAGCCAGUCUCUGGAAGAAGGUCGCGGAGGAAGAGAUGAACGCACUGCAUCAAAACAAGACCCGGACACUGAGCUGCCUCCCGGCAAUAAGGCCAUUGGCAGUAAAUAGGUGUUCAAGGUUAAGAAGGGGUCAGGAGGAGACGUUCAGCGCUCAAAAUGAGACUUGAAGCACAGGGAUUUUCACGACGUUUUGGUGAAGACUACAAUGAGGUUUUUGCACCAUCCGUGAGGUACAGCAGCGUAAGAAUGCUUUUGAGCAUUGCAGCCUCCAAGCAAAUGGGGGUGAAACACAUUGAUAUUGCCACUGCUUUCCUUCACAGGCAAAUUAAUGAGGAAAUGUAUAUGAAACAGCCCAAAGAUUUUGUAAAAGCAGAAGAGGCACAUUUAGGAAGCUGCAAAAGGGACUAUGGACUUAAGCAAGCUGCUAGAGCCUGGAACCAAAAAUUGCAUAAAAUGCAGAUGCUACUUGGGUGCAAGCAAGGCAAUGCUGACAAGUGCUUGUACA